CUUCUCCACCACACUCUCAAACUCCUCGACCCUCGUACUCUUUGGUUUCCGGAAAACAAGAAGAAUCUCAAGCUCUCACAACGGGGGAAAAUGGCGUACCCAGCGAGUUCCAGCUAUAACUGGAACCUCUCUCUAAAGCUUGUCCUGAUCUCCACCGGUGUGGUGACCAUGGCUCUGGCGCUGAAGGUCUCGGCUCCGGUGGUAUCGGAUUUCGUGGUAUCCGAGAUCCCUUCGAUUUGGAGCUUCAUGCUCUCCUGGCUCAGGCCUCCGUACCUCUACAUCCUCAUCAACUGCAUCAUCAUCAGCAUCUUCGCCUCAUCCAAGCUCCAGCCGAGACCCGACGAUCCGGCGCCGGAGAUGCUGGCGGUUCCUCCGACACCGACGCCGGUCAAGGAAGUACGUGAGGACUAUGUGGUUUACGGAAACUACGACAUUUUGAACAGGUACGGUUACGACGCGGCGAAGGCUUCGGCUUCUGUGGUGCGGCUGGUGGAUUCGGAGGGAGUGGAGAAGACGUCGAGCAAUGAGAUCUUGAUUAACGAUAGUGAUGCUGCUGUGCUGUCGAGGUCGGCGUUGAACGGCGUCCUUCACAAGCAAGACUCCUUGGAGCUUCCGUAUUCGAACAAUGAGAAAGAGAAUGAGAAACCGCCGGUUUCUGCCAGAUUCGCUCAUCGGAAGCCUGUGAAAGCCAGUCCUGAAGGCGCUAAGGCCUUGGGAGUGUCGAAGCCGAAGCGGCAGGAGACGCUAGAGACCACGUGGAAGACAAUAACGGAGGGCCGUUCGAUGCCGUUAACUAGGCACCUGAAGAAGUCCGACACGUGGGAAUCGCACGUGCGGCGCAACAACAACCAGCCGACGGACGAGAAUACCCCUCCUCCGAAAAUGAAGAAGUUCGAGACGUUCACCGACCGAAACGCCAACUCGUCGCCGGGAUCGGGGCGACUCAGGAGGGAACCGUCGCUGAGUCAGGACGAUCUGAACCGGCGAGUCGAGGCGUUCAUCAAGAAGUUCAAUGAUGAAAUGAGGUUGCAGAGGCAGGAGUCCUUGAAUCAGUACCGCGAGAUGAUCCACCGCGGGCCCCAAUAGAUAAAAAAAAAUUACCGAUAAUUGGUUGGUCUGCAUUUUCUGAUUUUCUCUUUGGGGAAAGAGAAAAGGUGAAGAAAACCCCCCCACGGAUGUGGGAUUUUGGUGAUUUGAUGAAGGUAAGGUAUGUAAAAAAGGUGGAACGGAAGUUUUAGAAAUUUUAUAAUUUCCCAAAUUUUCUUUGGGUGGAAAAAGAAGGGCUUUUUGGAAUGAAUGGUAAGAGGCAGGUGAGCUUGAAGUUUGAAGUUAGUUGCAUUUGUUGAAAGUAGUUGGGAUUUAGAAAUGAUUUAGGAUGUGAUUAGUGGGAUAUUGCUGAUAAAUUUCGUCAUCAAGACAGACAAAAUGUUUACCUGACGAACAUAUUUUGCUUUUUAGAGAUGGAGAUUUGGAGUGUCAUUGUCUUAAUCAUUAGACUGUUUUCCUAAAUAAGUAAGAUUGAAUUUCACGAUUU